GCUGUACAUUAAAAAUAACACCAGAAUCGAAUUCUACGACCUUCCUUUUGGCAACUACGCUGCCGAAAAAAAUCGGCCGACGGGUGUAUAAGUGAAUUGUAUUAGAGUUAUUCCUCUUUGAAUAAAUCAAUAAUCAAGGUGAUGCGUGACGUAACUCGACAGUCAUCAGCGCGAAACAUUUUGACAGACCUAAUCAGAAUAUGAAUCCACAACUGCACGUUUUUUUUCUUAGAGGAGCAUUGAUAUUGAUAUUAAUUGAGAAGUUAUUUAAUAACGAGUGUGUGAAGAGGAAUUCCAAGUGGUUUUUGUUGGUGAAUAUGGGCAUGGCUUGACUUUCGUUUUUCACGCGUGCAAGGACUCGAGUCUCAUGAACAUUGAAGGCACUUAUUUCACCUGAGGCACGGACAGUAGACGUUGACAGAGUGAAUGUGGAGGUAGGCCUAGAAGUAAUAGCCCGUGUGGGCUGUUUUUCUGUGAACUGGCAUAAUGCACCGGAUGACAUAGGUGUAUGAGCAAUUUGUGACUGUUGUUGAGUGUGCAGUAAUUGUUCAAGGAAUGUGUAUUACUGUGUCCGGUCACAUACACCUGGAGAUUAUCAGGGACAUUACAAUCUGUCAUUUUUUGUACAAGAGAUUUGCAGACGCUAGUGUUUGUCGAGGACAAGCGUUAUCCUCCAAUCGGACGAGAUAUCCCAGUCUGUAUCACUUGUGACGCCUCCGGAGUAAACGACCCUCACGACUACGCUUCAGUGAUGUGCUUCUGAUACCUACUUUAAAGGAAAAUAUUUCUAUGUAGAAUAAGAUGUAUUACAUGCAUUCAACCGUUUCUUUAUAGUACGCGUGUUCAACAAUGGCGACAACAAUAACAACCAAUAAGAAAAAAAAAAUCAAAAUGUAUUUCAAAAUAGAAUAACUUAUAGAAAAACAAAUGUUUCCCCUUGAUGAGGUUCCGCAUUCAUGCUGUGUUAUCUGAAAACAGUUUUGGUUAAAGUCAGCAUUUCGCAAAUUAUAUCGUCAUUUUGAUGAUUUUAUUUGCAAAUACAACCUAUCAUUAGGUCGAAAUGCUGUCUGACGUGUUUCAUACCAAUUGUUAGGCCAUUCUUUACAUACUGAUUUUGACUACAGAUUACUCCGUUUACCUGACAAGACAGAGAGUUUAUGAUGGGUGUGACCGGUCAAUAAGAGAUGCUUGCUCCUUCUAUGUUCGUGAUCCGUGUAUGUCAUACUAUCUAUUUUGUGUACUUUAUAGGAUUUGUGAUUUGUGAAAUUGAUCACGAUCACUUUUUCAUACCGUACACUUUCCAGUUAACAAGUAUCAGAGUCAAACAAACGGCCAAUCUAUGCCAGCAUAUAUAUAUAUUGGCAUAUAUCUGUGUGUUGUGUGUUUGUCACAACAACGCAAAGAAUCUGGAUUUCAAAUUAUGUUCAUUUAUAUCUAAAUUGUACAGAAAUAUUCCUGGUAUCUAACAAUCAAAAUGUACGCUCAACAUUACUCAUAAUGAUAUCAUGUUUAAGGUGACACUUUAUCAUUUAACACAGACAAAAAUCACUGUGUCUUAUACAAUCUAUACUGCGCCGACUAUAAACAAAAUGACAUCAGAAAUGUUUAAGAGAUGACUAUUACACAAGUUAUUCGACAAACUUAAAUCUAACAGCAUUUAAUAGUACAUUAUCUAGAUUGGAUUGAUUGCAGUAUGUGGUUAUAUUUUUUCAGAUUUAGGAAAGCUGCGACAGUGUUACUCAUAUUUCUUCCGUGUUGAAGUAAAUCUCAAUAUCUAAAAAUAACUAGUUUCAGAAAGCAGUCACAUGGUUACAAGUUUUCUAUAAACUCACGAUACCUAUUGACUUUCAACAGUUUUAGUAUAAGAUCUCCAAGAUGAUGAUGGGGAAGUUCGUUAAACAAUCAAACACAGGUUUAAAGGUUCUACAAAGGACUCUACACCAACAAGUCGUUGCAAAAGUGCCACAGAACAAUCCUCGAGAAAUGUCCCUGUCUUCCUGGACAGCCCAACACAUUUCUGACUUUUCCUCAAAGCAACUCUCUGAUCGUGUGACAUACCGGAGUAAACGUAUGAUUCUUGACAUUCUUGGAGUUGGCCUGAUCGGGUCCACGACAACAUUCUCCAGAGACAUGCAGCAUUUUGCAGAGGUCACAGAUCGCAUCAGCAAUCAUGAACCAGCCAUAAUUUGGGGUACAAACAACAGACGGACUGGACCAGCAAUGGCGGCCUACAUUAACGGAUCCAACUGUCACUCGAUGGAUUUUGACGACACCUGGCACCCUGCUACACACCCCAGUAGUCCAAUUCUCCCAGCAUUACUUGCACUGGCGGACUUUCUUCCGGAAAGGUAUAAGCCCUCACUGCAAGACAUUCUGGUUGCCUUUAACUGCGGAGUCCAAAUCCAGGGAAUCUUACUCCGGUGUUCUUCUCAAUCCAAAAACAUUCCAAACAGACUACACCCACCGGCAAUUGUGGGGGUAAUGGGAAGUGCUGCCGCAUCAGCCAAACUUCUCGGUCUGUCUCCUAAGAAAUGCCUUCAUACUUUGGCGAUUGCUGCUUCAUUUGCUGGCGCCCCAAUGGCCAAUGCCGGUACGCUCACCAAACCUCUCCAUGCUGGGAAAUCAGCACGAAGUGGGCUUGAGGCGGCUCUACUGGCUGACAAAGGCAUCGAAGGGAAUGAGAACAUCCUCGAUAUGGAAUCUGGAUUUGGGGCCUUUUAUCCAGACUACGAUCCACAGACCCUUUUAGAUGAAGUACGAGUAUCUGAGAAUUUAAUUCUUCACAAUCAGGAUAUCGCCAUUAAAAGUUACCCCUGCCACCUUGGAAUGCACUGGGCAAUUGAUGCCUCACUCCAAGUCCGAAAGCAAGUAUCAGAGAUAUAUGGCGAACUCGACGUGAAUUUUGUGAGAUCUGUGGAAAUCUUUGCUCCCAAAUCCAAAUACAUCAAUAGGCCAAUUCCAAAUACAGAGCAUGAAGCAAGACAUUCCUUCCAAUUUACCGCCGGCUCUGCUCUCAUUGAAGGUAUGGUGUCCCCAGACACAUUUAAAUUUCAUGAUAUCGUACAAGAAAGGAAGGAUCUCUACACUUUACUGCGGAAAACGUCCAUUAUCAAUCCAGACAACAACAAACCCUGCUUUGACACUAUGUACGUCGAUGUUAUUGUCACCCUGAAAAAUGGAGAAAAGUUUUCUGCCCAAUGUAAAGAACCGUAUGGGCAUUGGAGAAGACCUAUGAAAGACCAAGAUUUAAAGAACAAGUUUUUGGCAAAUUCUAGUCUGCUUCCUGUGUUCAAUCAGGCAAAGAUAAUUAAACUAGUCAGCAAAAUGUCGGCUACCCAUACUUCUAGCGAGCUCUCGAAUUUAUUGAGUACGUAAAACGACGACAAUACGCAAGUUUCGAGUCAAGAUCUCUUCUGAGAAGUGUAGUGACAUUUAUGGCUGCUCUGAAUGUCAAAGUAUGACAGAAUGCACCGACAGUCUGUGAUAUACAAUCAUAAAAAUUGUGUUUAAAGAUGUAAAUGUAGGAAAUUUUGAAUAUUAUCGAAAGAAAUGUUUUGCGAAAAUGAAGACGUAAAAACAACCAUGUCAUAAUUGCAAGUAAUAUCCUAGAUCCGGUACAGUGUAUGUACAGACAAAAUAACGUGAUUUCAUAAUUUUAUAACAUUUCAUGAGCUUAUUUUACCCUUAAUACGUACAUGUACCUCUUAGUUUGUAUAUCAAGCGAAUUUGGCUGAUGAAACUGCGUUUGUGAUUUCCCUUUAUGCAAUGAUGGAUAUUUGUCCAACUCACCGCGUUUAAACAAAUUAUUCCGCGCCUUACUGUGUACAAAAUUUCUUUAAAGGGACAUAACUCGGACGCAUCACAAAACUUGUGCAAUGAAGCGACAGCUAAUGAUCUGGUUGUGAUAAAUUCUGCGUUAUGUAGCGUGGCUUGAAUUUGAAAAAUCUAGUAUGUUCAUUGAUUGCUUUUACACGCAUUCUAUAGUCAUUGUAUUUGCAUUGUUCUUUGUUAUUGAAAUAAAAGGUUGACGGUUUUGUUAAUAAA